AUGCUUCCCCGUUCUAUCCAGUGCCACAAACAUCAUCUAUUUCGAUCAAAGUCUACAGCUACACAGUCUCAACUUCUCCUGAAUAGUGCUCGCUACUAUUCCAGUCUAAAUCCACCAUUUCAAACAAGUUGCUCUUCUGCUUCAGCAUUUCUUACUCCACCCCUUCCGCGACUAGCCGCGCAGUACAGCUCGUAUAGUUCCACCGGGAACCUGUUCCGCAAUACCCCAUCUACAAUGGCCACCGCUACUAAGAUCCAUCUGUCCCCGGUGACAGACUUGGGCAUUUACAGCUCAAAUGUGAGGGAAGACAGUGCGCGGACAGUGAGCGAGAUCUUGCAAGAAGAUUUGGCCAUCCACCACGUCUUCUUCAAUCAGGAGAGGUUCCAUAAUCACAUACCUCACCAGCUUCUUAGUAUCUACGCUCUUGGCGCAUCGCCAGAUGAUAUCAAGUCUUGCUAUGAGCGGAAUAAGACUUAUCAAAGACCCGUUAUUCCAGCAAGCCAAGAUGUCAUCAAAUCCAUGCAUGAUUUCGUCGAAUUCCAGAAGUAUUUCGGGAAGGAAGAACAUUACCCCAACUACCUAGCCUUCUUCCAGCAUGAGAUCGAUGCGAAGGGCAUUGCUGAGGUUCUGAUGGAGUAUGUCUUCGCCAGGGAUGAGCGAGCGGAGAGCAUGAUGUGUCGCUUGUUUGGCGGCCUCCUCCACCCGCUCAUCCACCUCGGUUUCGGUAUAGAAUUCAGCCAACCUGCCAUUGUAGCUCAAGGUCUUGCACAGGCAGCUGUGCACGAUGACUGGCUUGGUCGUGCCUUCUUCUUACCCGCUGAGAAAAUGGCCGAUGGUAUCGGAAAGCCGGGACAGAAGUCGCUGCUUCAGCUCCUGAAUGAGACGCGCGCGGAUAAGACUCUUAUUGAGAGUGUCAAGUGGUCUGACAGUAACAAGAUCAAGGAUGGAGUGCUCCACAGAGCACCGGAGAAGAUGCUCAAGUAUGCUUCUCAAUUUACGGUGUCUGAGGAUCAGGCGGAGGAGCGGUUGGCGGAUAUGAUCAAUACAGUCGCCUACUAUACCAGUGCCGCGCAGCGUCCGACCAGAGAGAUGAGGAUUGAUUUCUUCUUCAUCCAUUGUCUCAAUUCAUCCAUCUUCUUUUCCAGAAUCAUCAACCUCCCAUUCCUGGACCAGAAAUCCAAGCUACGCAUGCUGGAAUGGAAGGGACGCAUGGAUCUCUUGAUGUAUAUUUCACGUGGAACGCCCGAUCUUCUGCUGGAUGAGGUGACCAAUUAUCCCGUGAAGGAAGACUGGUCACGGAUUUUCGCGCGAAGUAUCGCCCAUCCUGGUGAUGAUGGACAUCUAGCUAAGCUUGCACGGGCUUUGGCGCAUGGUCAGCAUGUCUGUCAAGCAUAUGAGAGUAAACAUCCUGAGAUGCCGAUCAAGGGGGAUAUGUGGCUUAGGAUUGGGAAUAUAGCUGUUGACUCUACUGUCGAGGAGGGAGAUCGACCGAUGUGGGUCCGUUCUGCUGGAUUUGAUGAAGCUUGGGAGCCUCAGCAGGCGCAUAUGUGA